AUGGCGACGGCGAUGGCGUCCGCGUCCGCGUCGAUCGCCGCGCGAAGCUUCAGCUUCGUCGUAACAACCUCGCGCGCCUCGACGACGCGUCGCGAUCGUCUACGUCCGCGCCGAUCAUCGUCCGCGCUUCGCCGCCGCGACCGCGUCUCCGUCGCGACCGUCCGCGCGUCCGCGGACGAAGAAGACGACUGGGACGGCAACCCCGGACCGUUCGUCCGCCCGGAGGGCUCGCCGUUCUUCGCGUCGUACACCGACCCGACGGUGUGGAAGCUGAUGCAGGAGACGCUCCGCGCGGGCGAGAUCGAGCAGAUCCUCCCGGCGAAGGCGAAGCUCAUGGCGGAGAACGACGGGUGGACGCUGAUAGACGUGCGGCCGUACCCGGACUACUGCGAGCGGCACGCGUGGGGGGCGCUGAACGCGCAGCUGUACGCGCCGCAAGAGGUGAACGACAUCGCGAGCGGGUGCGCGCCGACGAAAAGUUUUUUUUCAGUCGUUUCUCUUCCCCCGCCGCGCCUCGGUCACGAUGUGAUCAUGCCGUGA